AUGAGCUGGAUCCGUCAGCGUGAGUUGGCAGAUUGUUUGCAGGCACGUGACCUCCGUCUGAGGCUGAUCGGUGUAUCUCAACGUUCUCGCGACAUCCAGGCUCGCCUUGCUGAUCUUCUGGCCAGCUGUUCUGUCUCUCAUGGCUUGGCGACAGAUGGAUCAGACCUCCUUGAGCAAGUUAAGCAUCUCUCAAAAGAAGAGGAGCGCCUUGCUAGCCAGGUUGCGUAUUUUGAAUGGAUAAAUGCUGGUUUUGCCUCGCCAUAA